GCCAGGCAGUUGCUAAGUGAUAUUUCUACACAAUUUUUCCGGAGUGCGGAAUCCUUACCGUCGUGAAAAUAACCCAAAUUUUGUUUACUUUUCCAAUUUCGAAACGCACGAAAACUGUCAUUCAAGAUGACUGUGAGUUUAGAAGAAUACUUCAGGACAACAUUUGAGGACAAGCUCCUCGUUAAAAUGCCGGAGCGAGAAGAUGAUCACCUGACUCCGGCUACCAGACUACUGGAGAAACGCAGAGAGAUGUCUGAGGUGGAACAAGCACUAGGAGCUCAAAAAGAAGAGUUUCAGAUGAAGAUGGAGAGUCUCCAGCAGCGAAGGGAAGAAUUGGAAAGGAAAGAAUUCCAACUCAAGGAAUCGCUCCUGAAAUUUGACAAAUUCCUCAAGGAAAAUGAUUCCAAACGUGCAAGAGCAAUCAAGAAAGCGCACGACGAGAGAGAUCUUAGACGAGCAAAAGAGAGGGAAAUAUUAAGACUUCUUGAAGAGAAGAAGGAUCUUCAAGGAUCCAAGGAUAAACUCUUAGGCCGUCUCAACAAGCACAAGAUCUACCAUGGCUACCUGGAGAGAACGUUGGAGGCUGCCGAGGAGUUUCAUGAGAUCAGAGAGAUCAUCGCUCGCUAUGAGACACUGGUGGCUACACAUACAGACCUACUAGACAAAUCUCACAAGACACAAGACGCAGUAGAGAGGGAGAAGGCUUCACUGGUCAAAUUCACCGAAGAGAAGAACAAUGAGAUACUGCACUAUAACAACAAGCUUGCCAAGCUACAGACCAGACUAGAUAGAGCACAGAGCGAGGCUGUCAAAUGGGAAUCCCAGUGGACUCACAUUAAGAACACAGCAGCCAAGAAGACGCUCCUGUUAGGAAGAAUCAAAAUGGCCACCCACAAUUUAUUCCAACUCGUCAAUAAGCACCUUAAGCAACAAACAGUAGCAGAGGACACCGCAGACCAACUAAACAGAAUUCAGAUGUUCAUCAUGGACUUGACCCAAAUCACAACCGAAAUCAAAAGAGCUGCAGCAGUGGAGACAUCGGCUGUGCCUUCAUCCAGUUAGACAUUGGAUAACCCGUAAUAUAUCUUGUUAAUUUAUGCAUGAGUUUUGAAUUUUACACCUCGUUUCCCAUCUUCAAAUUUUGCAUGAUGUCACCCACAUUUGUUAUAAUUUUUUCUCAUUUACUUUGAAACCAAUUAAAAGUCAUCAGAUAUUUUUUGUUAUUAUGACUAUUUUUAUUUAAUUUUUUAUAGUGCAAGCCUCAUUUUAUGCACAAUUUUAACUUGCAUUUUUUCAUGCAUGAUCUCAUUUCAUGUUGAAUUUUUAAUGUUCAAAACUGGUUCCGAACUGUUCAAUGUUUUAGCAUGGGCUGUUUGUUCUAAACCUACUGAUGAUGUUUUUUGUGACUUCAGGCCAAGAAAUGUAGCACGAAGUCACUUGGCAAAUCUCUUAAGACAGCGCUCUUUAAGUUUGUACUUAAACUAUUGUUGUCAUAGCUCUCUUGUGGCCUAGCUCAGCUCAUUAGUUCCCCUAAAACAAUAUUUUCCACAAGUACACGACCUUUCUAUUCAUCCCCUUGCACGCCAUGGGCUCUUUAAUUAAAGGCCUCCCUCUUUGACUUCUGUUUUGACAACAAACAUAAUUUCAUCCCAUGGGGUUUAUAGAGUAGGUUUUUUCAAUUUUGUAUCACUAUGAGGCUUUUCAGCUAUGAGCAAAGGUGCGUAUUUUGCAGGUGCCGAGCAAUCCUUGAACGUUGCAAUUUCCUAGAAGAUUGUUUGUUAUUGUAAUCCAAGUCUUGGGGCCUUUCCGAAAUGAAUAAUAAGCCUGUAUAGAAGACUGUAGUAUGUACAGUUGGGAAAUUAUCAAAAUUCAUUGAAAUUCACUUGAACAGAAUCCCCCCCCCCCCCCCUCAGCUAAAAAAGAAAAAAAAAGAGUUGUAUUUUGCCUGGUCCUUGUUUAGAAACGCGAUCUGUCUUACAUCAGUGAGUGAUAUUUAAGUUUUCAAACUAUUUGACUUUGUAAUAUUCUUGUAUAUAUUAACAUAAAUGUUAAUACAUUUGUACAUAAAUUACUAUUGUAAAAUAAAACAUUUCAUGACAGGUUA